AUGGCUUCCACAGAGCUUCAGCAGGCCAUCAACAAGGCCGCCUCGGCCUACACCAAACCUGAAGGGAAGGUCUUCGAAUAUGGAACCGCUGGAUUCCGUAUGAAAUCAGAGCUCCUCAACACCGUCGUUUUUGCCAUGGGACUAUUGGCUGGUCUACGCUCGAGGAAGCUCAACGGACAAUAUAUUGGUGUGAUGAUUACAGCCAGCCAUAACCCGGCUGAAGACAAUGGAGUUAAGCUGGUUGAUCCAAUGGCAGAAUGGGAGGUCUUUGCUACCAGAUUGGCAAACGCCCCUCUAGAAACCCUUGGAGAGGAAUAUGCGAAACUCGUUGACGAGAUCGAAAUUAAAAUGGACAACCCUGCGCGUGUUGUCUUUGCCAGGGAUACCCGGGCUUCUGGAGCUAGACUUGCUACUGCUCUCAGUGCAGCUAUGACUGCCUCAGAAGUCGAGGCGACUGAUUUUAAGUACAUGACUACUCCUCAACUACACUACAUCGUUCGUUGCAAGAACACCCUGGGAACUCCCUACGAGUAUGGAGAACCCACCGAGAAGGGUUACUACGAGAAGCUCAGCGCAGCAUUCAAGAAGGUUAUGAACGGACGCACCACCACCGGUUCCGUCACUGUUGACUGCGCCAAUGGUGUUGGUGGCCCGAAGCUUGAUGAGCUUGUCAAGUUUCUGCCCUCCGCUAAGGAUGGUGGAUUGGAUAUCAAUGUUAUCAACGAUGACGUGAUCAACCCUGACAGACUGAAUUUCGAGUGCGGAGCCGACUACGUGAAAACGAAGCAACGUGCUCCACCUUCAUCCAAGGCCGUCGCACAAGACAGAUGUGCCUCACUGGACGGUGAUGCUGACCGAUUAGUGUACUAUUAUAUGGAUGCCAGUGGUGUCUUCAGGCUCCUUGACGGUGACCGUAUCGCUACUCUUGCUGCUUCCUUCAUUGGUGAGCUUGCAAAGAACGCUGGAGUCGCCAACAAGAUCAAGAUUGGCGUAGUCCAAACCGCCUACGCCAACGGUUCUAGUACCGAGUACAUUGAAAAGGUCCUUAAGCUCCCGGUCGUCUGCACACCCACUGGUGUCAAACAUCUCCAUCACGCUGCCAUGAGAUUCGAUGUCGGUGUCUACUUCGAAGCCAACGGCCACGGAACUAUCACCUUCUCUGAAAAUGCCCUCAAGACCAUCAAGACCGCCGAGCCUCAGUCUCCGGCCCAGAAAUACGCCUUGGAGAGUCUUGUUGCUUUGACUGAUCUCAUUAACCAGGCGGUUGGAGAUGCUCUAUCAGACAUGCUUUUGGUCGAAGUCAUCCUUGCCCACAAGGGCUGGACCCUGAAGGAAUGGGUCGCAACCUACACCGAUCUACCCAACAAGUUGGUUAGAAUCGAGGUCCCAGACCGUUCUAUCUUCAAGACCUACGAUGCUGAACGGAAACUUCAAUCCCCUGCCGGUAUCCAACAGCGUAUUGAUGAUCUCCAAUCCCGUUACAAUAAGGGUAGAAGCUUUGCUCGUGCCAGUGGAACAGAGGACGCAGUUCGCGUAUAUGCUGAAGCAGCUACUCGGUCAGAGACUGAUGAUCUCGCUAACAGGGUUGCUGCUGUUGUCCUGGAAGCUGGCAAAGCCGCUGCCGGGCAGUAA